AUGAAGGCUUCUCUCUUCGGUAUCGGCGCUCUUGCCGGUCUCGCCUCGGCGAACAUCAACUUCGAAUGGGUUCAGCCCAUCUGCGAGUUCAGCUCGCUCCUCAGUAACCAGUGCUUGACCGGCCAACACUGUUCUGAGGUCAACGCCUGCGUGGCAGACCUGAAGAGCGAUUUCUCCAAGAUCUCUGCUAGGUCUCGUUCAUCGAUCAGGUUCCCAGAGAAGAGGCAGUCUGGUGCCAAGUACUCUACGGAUGGCAAAUGUGGACCCGCCAAUGGCAACCUACUUUGCGACCCGAACAGCACUGCAUACACUGGCUCAUGCUGUUCCCAGUACGGAUGGUGUGGAAACACCCCUGCCCACUGCGGAGAUGGAUGUCUCUCUGGCUGCAACAAUGGCGCCGCAUCGACUCCUACAAAGCAGACGACACCAACUCAACCUGCAACUGGAAACUCUGGAGCUGCUGCCCCCAGAGCUGACGGUCGAUGCGGUAAAGACUUCGCUGGUGCGUCCUGUGAUGCUAAAGGAGCCUACGGUGGCUGCUGCUCUUCAUAUGGAUACUGCGGAUCCACCGACGGCCACUGCCUCGUCGCCAACGGAUGUCAGAACGGUUGCAAGGACAGUGCUCCUGCCAGCUCUGCUCCUGUCUCGUCUCCCUCCAACACACGCCCUCCUUCAGUGACCAGCACUGGCGAACCUGUUCUUGGUAAGCCAUCGACUCCGGCGAGCACAAAGCCCACCGGCGUCCCCACUGUCGACGGUAGCUGUGGUGCCAAGUUCGGCGGCACUGUCUGCGGCAACUGGGCCCAAGGCUCCUGCUGUAGCAUGUACGGAUACUGUGGUAACACCACCUCUCACUGUGGUGAGGGAUGUCAAAACGGCCCUUGCGCUAAAGCGCCUAGCCAGCCUGCUCCUGCUGCCAGCCCCGCUCCUGCAGCUCAGAAGCCCGGUACCCUCGUCAAGAAGGGCCGAUCUGGUGUCCCCGCUAUGCACGCUGGUCUCAUGCCCAACGGCAAAGUUGUCUUCCUUGACAAGGUUGAGAACUACACUGAGCUCAAGCUUGGCAACGGCCAGUACGCCUACUCUUCCGAGUACGACCCUAACACCCAGAAGUUGACACCCCUUGCUUACAAGACCAAUGCUUUCUGCUCUGGAGGCAUUUUCCUUGCCGACGGCCGCUUCGUAUCUCUUGGUGGCAAUGCUCCUCUGGACUUCAUCGACCCCACUGUUGGCGAUGGCUUCAAGGGUAUUCGUUUCCUUUCCCGAACCGCAGACGGCAAACUUGAUGGCCAAGCAUGGAACGAGCCAGGCACCCAUCUUGACACACCCCGCUGGUAUGCUUCCGUCCAGAUCAUGCCCGACAACAAGAUCUUCGUGGCAUCUGGUAGCUUGAACGGUCUCGACCCCAGCAAGCCAGAGAACAACAACCCUACUUACGAGAUCCUCAAUGCCGAUGGUACUCCCCAGGGCAAGAGCAUCAACAUGGAGAUCUUGAGCAAGAACCAGCCAUACUACAUGUACCCGUUCAUGCACUUGAUGAAGGAUGGUAACCUGUUCGUUCAGGUCGCCAAGUCCGCUGAGAUCUUCAACGUUGGUACUGGACAAGCUGUUCGCCAAUUCCCUGACCUCCCAGGCUCUUACCGCACCUACCCCAACACUGGAGGCUCCGUCAUGAUGCCCUUGUCCAGUGCUAACGACUGGAACCCUGAUAUCAUCAUCUGCGGUGGUGGUCCUUACCAAGACAUUACUGCCCCAGGUGACCCGUCUUGCGGUCGCAUCAGGCCUCUUGACGCCAACCCUGAGUGGGAGAUGGACUCUAUGCCUGAAGGCCGUGGCAUGGUUGAAGGUACUCUUCUUCCUGACGGUACCAGCGUCUGGGUCAACGGUGCUCAGGAGGGUGCUCAAGGCUUCGGUGUUGCCCAAGAUCCCGCCCUUGAGGUCCUCCUUUACGACCCCAACCAGCCCAAGGGCAAGCGCUGGACCACCGGACCCAAGUCUGACAUUGCACGCUUGUACCACAGUGUUGCUCUUCUCCUCCUUGACGGUACCCUUCUCAUUUCUGGCUCCAACCCCGUCGAGCAGCCUAUCCUUACGCCUAACGCGAAGAACCCAUUUGUCACCGAGUUCCGCAACGAGAUCUACACUCCUCCCUACCUUCAGGGCAACCCUACUCGUCCUUCCGAUGUUGUUCUUUCCAGCAAGAACCUCAAGGCUGAUGGCUCUAAGUUCACCAUCAAGUUCACCGCCCCCGCCAACAACAAGGCUGUCAAGGUUUCCCUCUACUACGGUGGAUUUGUUACCCACUCUGUUCAUAUGGGUCAUCGCAUGGCUUUCCUCGACAACACUGGGUUCAAAGCCGGCAGCACCACCCAGACCAUCACCGUCACAAUGCCUCCUAACAGGAACGUUGCCCCAGCCGGCCCAUAUGUUGUCUACGUCCUUGUCGACGGUGUCCCUGCCAUGGGUCAAUUCGUCAUGGUGCCGAAGCACAUGACUGGCAGCGCCAUUGCCUACAUAUGUAAAAUUGAAGACAUUGAAGACACCAAUUCCAAAGGAUUCAACACCAUUCGAUUCACUAUGGCACCCAACAUCGAACUCCUGACCGCCGCCACUCCGAACGGACAAAAGAUCUCCAUCUUCCUCGAAGAGCUCGGCCUCGCAUACACGACGACCGCAAUCGACCUAGGUAAAGACGAGCAGAAGUCCAGUAGCUUUCUCAAGACCAACCCAAACGGUCGCAUACCCGCCAUCGUCGACCAUUCGCGGAGCUCGUUCCCCGUGUUCGAAUCCGGAGCGAUUUUUCUCUACCUCGCCGAGCACUACGACAAGGACUUUCGCUUUAGUUUCCAAGACGCAGAUGAAAAGAGUGAAAUGAUCCAAUGGCUGUUUUUCCAGAAUGCAGGCUUGGGUCCGAUGCAAGGCCAGGCAAACCACUUCUUUCGCUACGCGCCCGAGAAGAUUGAGUAUGGAAUCAAGCGCUACCAGAACGAGACGAAACGACUGUAUUCGGUGUUGGAAGCGCGUCUGAAGGGGAGGAAGUGGCUCGUGGGCGAGAAGUAUAGUGUCGCGGACAUGAGCACGUUUACGUGGGUUAGGUGGGCGCCGUGGGCGGGUGUUGAGUUGGACGAGUUUCCGGGGCUGAAGGAGUGGGCGGAGAGGAUUGAGGCGAGGGAGGCGGUGAAGAAGGGUUUGAAGGUGCCGGGUGGAGAGGAUCAGAUUGAUCGGUUGAGGCGAGAUCCGAAUGUUGGUGAUCCCUUCCAGGAAUGGGUCAUGAAGGGCCAGAAUGAGAUUGCGGAGAAGCAUGGGAAAUAA